AUGCAGUACGCCGGUAUCGGCUUCGUCAAUGGGGUACUCCCAGCCGUCAUCUACCCCGUGUUGCAAGGAUAUCUGAACGCCGAAGGAACCAUCGUUGUGUCUGCGACUUUACUGGUGCAAUUGCCAUGGUCGUACAAGAUGUUCCUGGGAAUCCUGAGCGACUGCUUCCCGAUCGCGGGCUUGCGUCGUCGGCCGUAUAUGCUCAUAGGGUGGCUGCUGUGCUGCUGCAUGCUCUUCCUGAUGGCCGUCUUCCCGGAGGCCGCUCCUUACUACGGAGAUCCAAGCAUGCACUUGACAAGCCCAGACGAGUGGACGGAGGCCCAGCGCAAGACCAUCAACCCGCACGCACCUGAUGCCGCGGGGAGGUAUGUGAUCCCCAUGAUGAUGGCUGCGUUCGGGUAUCUCCUGGUAGAAGUUCCCGCCGACGCCGUCACGAUCGAGUACUCACAGCGCGAGCCGACUAACACUCGUGGACACCUGCAGUCGUGGAUCCACAGCAUCCGCAUGGGAUUUAGCGCACUGGGUGCCCUUGUGGUGGCAGUCGCGUUCAACGGCGUAGAGUACGGCGGCUCCUUCGACUUUUCGCUCUCGUUCCCGCAGCUGAUGUUCGUCAUGGGCUGCCUCUGCUUGCCGCUGGGACCUGCUGCUUGGUUCCUCGUGUAUGAGAACCGGGUAGAGCUGCCCAAGUUCCGCUCGUAUAUCUCUCAGUUCUGGAAGGUCCUCCAGAAGCGAGCGGUGUACCAAGUCGCGGCGUACAAGUUCUUCUCGGGCGUGUUCAACAACUUCAACAUCGUGUCCUCCAGCAACAUCAAGCUCUGCUGGGUCCACGCGACGCCGUUCAACUCGAGUAUCAUGGCUAUCGUAGGGACCUUCACGUACGCCGGCACCCUGGCCGUGAUGGCACAGCGUGGACUGCACUGGAACUGGCACGUCGCCAUUGCAGCUACCGUCAUCUUUGGGGUUAUCACCGACUGCAUGAUGACAAUGCUCGUCACAUGGGACAUCAUCCGUAGCCAAUGGGUGUGGCUCGGCGUGCCGGUGAUCGGAGAAGUCCCGCACGCGGUCCGCUUUAUCGUGAGCAACUACAUCGUGGUGGAGCUCAUCGAGCAGGGAACUGAAGGUGCACUGUACGGCUUGUUGACAGCCACCAACCACGUGGCCGCCCCGUUCGGUCGCACCACCGCCAAGAUCAUCAACGCGCGCUUCCACGUCUGGCAGGACGACAUCCUGGCCGACACGUACGAGACGCGCCGCGACGUGACGUACACGAUUUUGCUCUGCUACGGCAUGAAGAUGGUGUCGCUCAUAUUCCUGCCCUUGCUCCCGAACCAGAGGGACACCACGCAGGCUCUCCGUCGGCAGGGAGGCGUGAGCAAGCGCAAGGGCAUGUGGAUGGUGGUGAUUCUCAUGGCUGCACUCGUGUGGUUCACUGUCGUGAACGUGCUCAGUAUGAAUCCGGCAACCGAAUGCUGGGCCAUCACCGGAGGCUGCGAGCCUGGCUCGGACAACUCCAUCGGGCCACUUCAACCAUAG